AUGUCCCGUCUCGAUUCUGAAGGUCUCUUGACCGAAUUUCCUCCAAUCCCGGAGGGCGAAUUCGUGGUCUUCGGCACUGUCUACGCCUACCCGGAACAUGCAGACGCCCUCGAAGCUGUCUACGCCGAGACGACUCGACUUGCACAAUUCGAGCCAGGAUCGGUCUAUUAUUGUAUUGCCCGGGAUAGAGAUGACUUGAAUAUCUUCCAUUUCUUUGAGCGCUAUACGGGACGAAAAGCAUUCGACGAGCACAAUGCGCAGCCGAUUAUUCAGAAGUUGCUAGCCGAUAAAUACAUCAGGGAGGUCAAAGCAAAGUUUGCUAAGGCUAUUGAGCCAGCAUCUAAGUGA